AUGAUCACUAACCCAAUAUCCACCUCACGUAAACCUGAAACACCUCAUAAAAUAUGGUUCCACAAUGAGUACAUGGGACAAAUCAAGUCAACCAUUUCAAACUUCAAAACUCCACCAUCUGCUUUCACACUAAGGGAAGUUUGGAGACCAUUGUGUGGGAGUAUGGGCGAGAUAGUGUAUAUUUGGGUGGGGCGAACAAGUGGGGAAGAUGAUGAUAACCUAUGGCAGAUUGUUGGUGAUGACUUCAUUGUUAGAAAAGGUCUGGAAACAAGCUCUAUUGUUCAGGUUUGGACUGUUACAGGGGGUAGUGAUGGGAUUGCAAAUAAUUUUAAUGAGCUUGUUCAUGAUAUGGCAUUGGAUAGAAUCCAUCUCUAA